AUGCAUCGAUGCUUCCGGGCAUUGCCACCGAUUUGCGAAGUCGAGCCAGACGAGCUGUCCACGAUUUUGACACCAAGCAUCGCCUUUAUAUCUAUCCCCCAGAAUGAUGUCAUCCAGAAAGGACCCUUUGGGAAAGCUCUCAAACCUAUACUGGAAAAUCUUCAGGUUCCAUUGUCGAAUGAAUCCAGUCGCAUUGUCGUGCCAUGCUUCACACGCCAACUUCCUCUCAUAUACAAGUCUUUCCCGGAGGCAAAAGUCCUCAAAAUCAUGGAGGAUUGUGCCGAUGCGGAAGCGAGUAUUAGAUCUAUCCGCUUAAAGCCACACAUCUCGUCGCCCUAUCUUUUCAAAAUGUCGCUUGCCUGUCAGAUAACAGGUGCCUUGAGAACAAUCACACCAUGGGAUGUAUUUCAAACAACCGAAGCUACUCGGAUCCUGGAUAAACUAAAGCCAGAUUUCUGGCUGUACAGAGAAGUUGCAGCUGUGUGCGGAGCUCAAGACAAUAUGAACAGGCAUCAAAUCUGGCUUGCAUAA